AUGGAUAGAUCUACAGGACGCCUUUAUGUUGGAGCUGUUAAUCACUUGUAUGAUUUAUCACCAGAAGGAUUGGCUAUCCGAGAACAUGCUCUAACUGGACCUCGUGCUGAUUCUGUUCUUUGUGCAGAUGCCUUAAAUAUAUGCAAAGAACCAUUAGUACCAACAGAUUCACAUAUAAAGGCGUUGGCAAUAUAUCCGGAUUCUAACAAAUUGAUUGAAUGCACCUCUCUUUAUCAGGGCCGUUGCCGCACCAGAAACUUGUCAAACAUUCGCAGAGAGAGUGAUGUUCGAUUCUCUAGACCUGGAAUUGUACCUAAUGAUGAUCAUUCUUCUGCUCAAAUAUUUGUUGGUUCUGGUCCAUCGACAGGAGGGUCUUCAUCUCAACCACGUGUUCUUUAUGUUGGAUCCACCUACGUUCCUAUUAGCUUAGGACCCCGAGAUGCUUUAGACGUGCCUUCAGUCUCCUCCAUUUCACUGGAAAAUGGCCGCCUUUUUGAGUUUACAGAGCAGUCAAUCAGUUCUGGAACCUAUAUGAAACUGGAUUAUAGAAGGAUGCCGUUUUUUAGAAUUGACUAUGUUGGUGGUUUUGAGGCAAAUGGUUUCGCUUAUUUUGCCACAAGACAGCCUAAAUAUACACCGCAACCUGAUGCCAAACCGAUUAUUCCAAAGUUGGUUCGAGUCUGUACUCAAGAUCCAAAUUUCUACUCAUAUACUGAAGCUCCAUUAGAGUGUGAAUGGGCGGGCCAGAGUUACAAUCUUCUCCAAGCAAUUUAUUUGGCCAAUGCUGGGUUUGAUCUUGCGGCAACAAUGCGAUUAAAACCAACUGAUCUUGUUCUGUUUGGAGCAUUUGCAAGAGGGGAAGGCCCAGAGAGGAACCUAACAACUCGAGAUUCUGCGUUAUGUGCUUUUUCUCUUCGACAUAUCGAAGCCAAAUUUUUUGAGAAUGUUCGUGUCUGUUACAACGGAAAUACACGUACAAACCUUCCUUGGUUCAAUUCUGAUAAAAUGUGUACGGCAACACGAUAUCCUGACUCUGAAAUUAUGUGUGGCAAAGAUGUGAAUAGCUAUAUCGGUGGAGAGAUACCAAUUUCGGCUAGAGCCUUCCUCGUGGAUCGAACUUCACUUUUUACUUCCUUAGCCAUUUCAUCCGUUCAAACAGCUACUGUUGCAUUUAUUGGCACGAGUGAUGGUGUUCUUCAUAAGGCGUUACUAGAAGGUGAUGAUGGACAAUCACACAUCUUUAAGUCAAUCCAAGUUAGUAGCGAUGGAACUCCUAUCUUGCAGGACAUGGAAUUGGACGAAAAGAAGGGAUUUCUAUACGUACUACAAAAGCGGGCGCUAUACAAGAUAAACAUUCGUCUUUGCGCUCAAUCACAAGAUUGUCACUCUUGUUUGAAUGCUGGUGAUCCUUACUGUGGUUGGUGUUUAAAACCAUCGGCAUGUACAACACAAGAAGUUUGUGAGGCGGAUGCUUUAAAUCCACGUGCAGACUGGCUUAAUUACAAAUCAGGGCGUUGUCCUGCUAUUCGUUCAGUGGAACCACGAGAGCAACAAAUUACAUUUUCACGUCCUAUUCAUGUUCGUAUUGAAAAUGCGCCACCAGCACUUGCUAGUCAUGAUGGAUCAACUAAAGCAACGCUCUACUGUUCUUUUUAUUUUCCAAAUCAUUUGCUAGUCAAUGUUUCAGCUAUUUCUAGAGAAGGAGAUCAAGUUGUUUGCGCAACACCAAUUCGUUCAAACCUCAAGACUCUUUUGGCUCGAACUCAGACAAUAAACGACGUAGCACGGGAUGGACUUGUUGCUCGUCUAUCAAUAGUUCAAAUUGCUGAUUCCGCCGUGCUUGCUUCAACUAAUUUUACUUUCUUUGAUUGUCAUCAAUUAAUCAGUUGUCAAGAAUGUGCUUCUGUUCGUUUUAGGUAUAUUAAUUUUAUCAAGUGGGUCGUAGUUAUUAUUUCCAGUUUAUGCGAUUGGUGCACACUAACUGCUAAAUGUGUCCCAAAUGCUGAGGACGUUUGUCAAGGAGAAUCACUUGUUAACUCCGUCAGUAGAAUUGGUCCUUCUUCGCGACGGGGCCCUGAAUUCUGUCCUCAAUUUUCAUCUCCAGAUGGCGAUUUGUUUGUUUCAUCAGGUCAGCGUCGCAGAGUUAAAGUUCAGGCUACCAAUUUACAUGAACAAAUGGGGGCCUUCAAAUGCCAAUAUACUCUAAUUGAGCAAAAUAGUGUUACGCAUGAAAAAUUGGCACAGCGAGAAGGAAAUGAGAUUGUUUGUGAGGAGAUGCUUUUUGAAUUUAACGGUUCUGGUGAUGGUAAUGGGACUGGUACAGCUCUAUUUAAUAUUGUUUGGGCACCACCUGGUUUAACAACUUCUACUAUUUUUCACCCGCUUGAUAACAGUCAAAAAAUGAAAGUGAUAAUUUAUCGGUGUCAACAAUUGGCCACAAACUGUGGCCUUUGUUUAGGACUGGAUUCGAGAAAGUUUGAAUGUGGAUGGUGUGAAAAUGAGGGAAUUUGUUCUCCAAAAAAUGACUGCAAAGAAGGUCCAAUCAAUGGAGGAACAAAAAUAACUAUUCAUGGCACUAAUUUGGGUUUAAGUUUUGCUGAUGUUCGUGAUACUGUGCGGGUUGCGAGUGCUAAAUGUGAUGUCAGUGAGGCAGAGUAUUUGCCUUCUCGACGCAUUGUUUGCUACACAAGAGCACCUAGCACACGUCAAAAGCAGGGACAGCACGUGAUUGUACGUUUGCGUGAUGAUCGUAAAUACACGGCUGUUUCUACGCAGACUUUCACUUACACAAACCCUCAAAUAUCAUCUUUUCAGCCAUUUAGAGGACCAAAAAGUGGUGGAACAGAUUUGACAAUUCUUGGUAUGGAUCUCGACUCUGGUAUUACUUUUAACCUCAGUAUUGGUAAUUCACCCUGUGAGCUGCGUCAAAGGUCUUCUUCUAUGGUCGUAUGUAGAACGGGUCCAGCUUCAUCUGAAAAGCCUGAGUAUUUGGUUUUGAAUGCAGAUGGUACUCAAAUACGGGUCGAUAAUGUUCAAUUUCAAUACACUGCCAAUCCUUCAAUUGAUCGUGUUCCAAAACCUGUUUCCACUAUUUCUGGUGGAAUUCUAAUUGAUGUACAUGGCAAUGGUUUGGAUCUAUUGCAGCGGCCUCGAAUGAUGAUCAACUGGGAAGGACAGACCUUUUGGGGCGCUAAAUGUGAAAUAAUUGACGAGCAUCUAAUGAUAUGUAGAACUCCACCUUUAGAAUUAUCUUUGGAUCGCCGUAUUCAAUUGAGCAUUGAACGGCCUUUGCGAGUAGAUUAUGGAUUCGAUUUGGAUGGCGCACUCACUGGCAACUUGACUUCAUCAGCAGACCGAACACUUCCUAAACUAUUGGUUUUUUUUGAUCCACGUCUUCAACCUCUCCCUGAAGUGCUAACUGUCCGACCAGGAGGAGAUUUAGUUCUAAAGGGGCACAAUCUAAAUUUGGCAGCGUCUGCACGCGAUGUUCGUGUCACUGUUGGAGGUAUGCCAUGUAAUGUAACUGCAUUGGCUAUUAAUACACUCACAUGUGUUUUACCUCAACACUUGGAUGAAGGACAACGCGAUGAACAAAUGGAUGUGCUAGUUUAUAUCGGAGACAAAAUAGAGAAGGUCGGAGAGGCGUCUCAACACUUUCGGGUUCCAGAUCCUUCACAAUGGCUUAUUUUAACUGUUGCUGUUGCCUUCCUUGGAGUAUUUUUGGCAUUGAUGCUUUUCGUUUUUUAUCGUCGCAAAGCUACUUGUCACAAUAGACAAUUGCAUUAUUUAAAGGCUCAAAUGAAUUCAAUCGAGAUGCGCGUUGCACAAGAGUGCAAAGAAGCUUUUCACGAAUUACAAACAAAUAUGAAUGCUUUGGCUGGUAGUGUGCCACAGGGUGCGUCUUUCAUCCCUUUUCUGCCAUAUUCAGUUUAUGCCGCUCGUAUUCUUUUUCCACAUUUUUCUGGUACUUCACCGGCAUCAUUGCAUCCUGUCCUAAGAGAAUUGACUGUUGAACAAGAUAGAGCUUUACAAGUAGAAAGUAGCUUAAGGCAAUUGCACUGCCUUCUCCAGAAUCGUAUUUUUCUUCUAUGCUUUGUUCGUUCUAUUGAUGCUAACAAAUAUUUGCUGGUAAAGGAUCGUGUUUAUGUUGGUUCUCUUUUAAUGGUUGUUCUACAGCGUGACUUUAAUGUGCUCACUGACGUGCUCAAACAAUUGCUCAGGGAUUUAAUUAGACGGAAUGUUGAGAGUAAAUUUCAACCAAAAAUUCUUUUUCGUAGGGCAGAAUCUGUGGCUGAAAGAAUGUUAUCUGCCUGGUUUGCAUUUCUCAUGUAUAAACAUUUGAGGAGAAGUGCUGGCAAACAACUUUAUCAACUUUACUGGGCUACAAAACAACAAACUGAAAAAGGACCGCAAGAUGCUAUAACAAUGGAUGCCCGUUAUUCCCUUUCAGAGGAAAAACUUUUGCGUGCUUCUGUUGACUUUAGGGAGCUAACAAUUUUUAUUUUGUCUGACUCAAAUUCUACAGUUUGUGAUACACAAGUUCGUGUACUUGAUUGUGAUUCUAUUGGACAGGUUAAAGAGCGUUGUUUGGAUGCUAAAUAUAAAACAACACCUUUUUCUGAACGUCCACUAUCUUCAGAAAUUGAUCUUGAAUUGCGUACACCAAAACAUAGGAUGGUUUUGCAAGAUCUAGAUGGAAGUUCUCGAUUUGAAGCAGGCGGUUUUUGGCGGUAUAACACUCUUGCUCAUUACAAGGUUGAGGAUAAAGCAACAUUUGCACUUGUUCCUAGAAAUGCCACCUCAUCUUCUUACAAUCUUUCUCUGAUUUCUGAUAAAUCUGACAAAUCUUCUGGUGGUUCUUUUGCAUUUUCUUCUACCCAUUUUCAUCAAUACACUGCUACAGCCAAUAGUCCAGUUCUUCAAAAAACUUCUGCUGUUGGUGGUGGAGGUUCUUUUUUCACUACUGGCUCUAUUGGCGGUCAUUCUAUAGCUGGCGGUGGAAGGUCGGCCGCAGAUACUUUUGCAGCUGGCGGCACUGGAACAAUGCGUGUUUUUCAUUUGGUCAGGCCACCAAACUCAAAUGUUUCUCAUGGAACAGAAGGUCAAGAACAGAAAAUGGUCACUGAAAUUUAUUUAACAAGGCUGCUGACAAUGAAAGGGACAUUACAAAAGUUCAUUGAGGAUAUGCUUGAAACUAUUUUCUCUUCAACCUCAUCACCUCAAUCUCCUUUCCCAUAUUGUGUAAAGUAUAUGUUUGAUUUCCUUGAUGAUCAAGCUCGUGAACAUGGAAUUGUCGACCCUGAAGUGGUGCAUGUAUGGAAGAGCAAUUCACUACCACUUCGUUUUUGGGUUAACCUUAUUAAGAACCCUGAUUUCAUUUUUGACAUCCAAAAGCCGACACGCAUUGAAGGAUCUCUAAAUGUUGUGGCCCAAACUCUUAUGGAUGCAUGUUCUACUCAUGAACAACAUUUAACGAAAGACUCACCAAGUAGUAAACUUCUUUUUGCAAAUGAGAUGGACAAAUAUCGUCAAUGGGUUCAGCGUUUUUAUACUCAAAUUGCAGAGGCAGAGCCAAUUCCUGAUAGAGAGAUGGCUAUGCUUUUGGCUGAAGAGAGUCAAGAACAUGGACAAGAAUUUAUGAUUUACUCGGCUCUUAACGAAAUUUAUUCUUAUGUGAAUCAAAAUAAGGAAAUGCUUUUUGAAGAAUUGAGCCAAAAUGAAUUUGCUUUGCAACAACAACUACCUGAGGCUCUUCAAAAAUUAUUAGAUACAAUGGAAGUUCCUCCCGAUGCUCAAUUCAACGGUUCAAUGUUACUAUCGGAUACUUAUGCCGAUUCGAAGACCAAACUUGUAACACACAACGGUAACUUUUAUUAG